CAUGACCAACAGUCAAAAACUUGAACAAGCAAUGAAAGCAAACAAAACUGACGUGACUGGCAAACAAUAAUCAAUUUAUCUCAAUUUCACCAAAGUCCAAGGCAAUAAUGUUAUGUCUGUCACGGUCCAUUUGUGCAUUGGCACUGAAAGGUGGACGUGCGAAUAAUAUUAGUUCCAUAGGAAUUGGUAAUUUGCGGAAGUAUCACAAAAUGAGAUUGGUCCAGUUCAGUUCUUCACUUGAUCAUCAUGAUCAUGAUGAUGGAAAGCAAUAUUUAGGGGUGGAGUUAUCUCUUGGAGGUGAUGUGGUCAAUCUUGUGGCAUCUGAUCCCUCCUUGCCCAACAACAUGAGAGAAUUCCUUGAAGGUGGGGUGGAAACAAUGGAUAAAGCUGAAAGAGCUGUUUCAAGUGCAAGUGAAAAAACUGUUGUGAAAAGAACCGACUUAAAACUUCUCCCUCCAAUCACAAAUCCUGAGAAAAUCUUUAUAAUUGGUAUGAACUAUGCAGGCCACUGUGAGGAACAGAAUGUAAAACAGCCAAGGGAACCAAUAGUUAGUGGCAAGUUUGCAAAUGCAAUCGCUGGACCGUUUGAUGAUAUUAUUUACAAUGAUGAAACCGAGGAAAUGGACUGGGAAGUAGAAUUGGGAAUCGUCAUUGGAAAGGCUGGUAAAAAUAUAAAGGAGUCAGACGCCAUGGACCAUGUUGUAGGAUAUACAGUCUGCAAUGAUGUGAGUGCUCGGGAAUGGCAAAUGAAAAGGAAUGGCCGACAAUGGUUGUUAUCAAAAACAUUUGAUACAUACUGCCCCCUUGGACCAGCAAUUGUCACUAAAGAAUCACUUUCAGAUCCCCAUAAUCUUGGCUUAAGAUGUCGUGUGAAUGGUGUAACAAAACAGGACAGCAAUACAAGCGACUUGAUCUUCAAGACACCAAGGCUAUUGGCUCAUAUAUCAAAGUUCCUGACACUAAAACCGGGAGACAUCAUUCUGACUGGGACUCCCUCUGGCGUUGGCUUCACAAGAGAUCCACCCGAGUUUUUGAAACGAGGUGACAUUUUUGAAACAGAGAUAGAUGAAAUUGGGACAUUGAUCAAUAAGAUUGUAUGAAGUUUCAGAUGGCCCUAAACAAUUUUACUUGAAAACUGGAUGAGAAGGGACUCUGGAUAUUGCGAAAAUGUCACUAAAAAUUGAAAUACUCUAAAAUCUCGAAUACAAGGUGUGAGGCUCCGCCCCCAUUCAUUACAUACGUACGCCAGAUAUGAUGGCAGUAUUCUGCUACUUCUACAUUUCAUUUUGGAUUGUUUUAUGUGUAUUCUAAACUGAUGAAAAGAGCUGGGUGCAUGUAGACGACCUGUGGUACUGGUGCAUUUUGAUGGGGACAUCAAUCACACAUUCAACGCUAUUAUUUGGUAAAUGGGUUGUAUUAUUUUUGUAUUUAAAAUGUUGUAUGUGCUAUUAUUGUCCCUUGAUUUAUAAGUGCAGAAUCGGCCCUUUCAUCAUUAUUAGUCUAAGAAUAAUUAAUCCUUUGGGACUUUAACUGUUUCUGGGCACUGAAUCAUGGUGCUAUACCUAACAAAGAAGUUGAGGAGAGUCUUAUGAAUGGUGCUAUGUAAUAGACUUGUUGACAUUCUUUUCCACCCUCCCUUUGCCAGUUGGCAAUCAUUCCUGAAGUCUAAGUAGAGGCAAUUAGUGCGAUUUUUUGCAUAAACAGGCAAUUUAUAUGAACGUUCUAUUCAUUGUAAAGAGACAUUUUACUUGCACAUACAGGAAAUUCUGAAUUUUACUGAAUUGAUUUCGUUGACGAUUGGUAUCUCCUUUACCUGGAAUAGAUUUUUAUGGAGUAUGGAGGCCAAGUCAGUGAGGUGCGCUGGCAAUGAAAAUAUUUCUGUUCAGUUCUUCCAAAAUUAAAUAA